AUGGAGAAGAUCAUUAAGAAGGCCUUGGUGCAGUUCCUCGAGCAGCACCAUCUCCUUUCUGAUGCCCAACACGGCUUUCGUAGUGGUAGGUCCUGCCUCACGAAUCUGCUCUUUACGCUCGAACGCUGGACCAAAGCACGUGAUGAAGGCAAGGUGGUGCAUGCCAUCUACAUUGACUUCAAAAAGGCUUUCGACAGCGUUCCUCAUCAACGUCUCUUGUACAAACUGCGCAACGCUGGAAUUCGUGGACGCCUUCUUGUAUGGGUCCGGAGCUUUUUGGCUGGACGGUCCCAGAGAGUGCAGGUCGGGCGUCAACAGUCGUCAGAUGUAAGCGUGGUGAGUGGCGUCCCACAGGGCUCAGUCUUAGGUCCCACGUUAUUCCUCGUUUUCGUAAAUGACUGCGUCAAGGACCUAGACUGUGAUGCCAUCCUGUUUGCCGACGACAUAAAAUUGUGGAAAGUUAUUCACAAUGCGGCAGACGCAGACCACCUGCAAGCAAACUUGAACAGGCUCGAAGACUGGUCGAAGCGCUGGCUUAUGCCCUUCAAUAUAAGCAAGUGUAACUUUCUUCAACUCGGCGGCUUCAGAGCCCCCAGCCCCAGGACCUACUUUCUAAACGGCACACCACUGCAACAGGUUGACAGUCAGAAGGACCUGGGUGUAUGGAUUACAUCUUCACUCAAACCAACACUGCACUGCGCGAAGGCGGCUAAAUCGGCUACGGCCACAUUGCAACUCAUUAGGCGAGCAUUUAUGGGAUUUGACCCUGACUGCUUCUCCAAAUAUUUGGCACCUUCGUGCGACCUCAUCUAG